AUCUCAAUUUAAGCCAUGAAAACAAGAAACCAAAGUUCUGGGACAGAUUUUAUGCUUGUUGGUCUUUUCCAAUAUGGCGGAAUGAAUGCUUUCCUUUUUGGUGCCAUUGCCAUUCUCUUCAUGGUGGCUGUGCUGGGGAACAUCACCCUGGUCCACCUCAUCCGACUGGACAGCAGACUCCACACACCCAUGUACUUCCUGCUCAGCCAGCUCUCCCUCAUCGACAUGAUGUACAUCUCCACCACUGUGCCAAAGAUGGCAACCAACUUCCUGACAAAUACCAAGACCAUUGCAUUCCGAGGCUGUGAGAUUCAGACAUUUGUAUUCCUGAGCCUUGGCGGAUCAGAAGCCAUUCUCUUGAGCUUCAUGUCAUAUGAUUGUUAUAUAGCCAUCUGCCAUCCUUUGCACUAUCCUGUACUCAUGAGCAAGAAGAUCUGCUGCUCCCUGGUCAUGUGCGCCUGGUCCAGCAGUGCUGUCAACUCUUUAAUACACACACUGUAUGUUUUCCAGCUUCCUUUCUGUGGGUCUCGGGUCGUUAACCACUUUUUCUGUGAAAUUCCAUCUCUACUGCCAUUGGUAUGUCAGGACACCUCCCAGUAUGAGCAUGCCAUCCUCUUGAGUGUACUUAUUAUCCUGCUGCUGCCUUUCCUGGCCAUCCUAGCUUCCUAUGCUCGGGUGCUCACUGUUGUAUUCCAGAUGCGCUCAGGCACAGGACAGACCAAAGCUCUUUCCACGUGUUCCUCCCACCUGAUUGUGGCCAGCCUCUUCUACACAACAGGUAUCUCCACCUACACGCGUCCUCACUCAUUGCAUGACCCUGCCCAGGAUAAGGCAGUGGCAGUGUUUUACACCAUCAUCACACCCCUCGUGAACCCAUUCAUCUACAGCCUGAGGAACAAGGAGGUCCUAGGGGCCCUGAGGCAGAUGCUGAGAUGA